AUGAAAUAGAGAAGGGAGGGUGUUGACCAUCUUUAAUGAAGCCAUGUAGCCCGGAACUGUGGCGAUAGAGAAGGAUGUAAAAAUCAGAAAGCUGACUGGUGACCUAGAAUGACUUACUCACGCUAACAUCCAGUACUGUAUCUGACUUCCAUAAAUGAAGUACAUCCAGUGAAUUUUUGCUAAAGGAGCAAUGCCCGCGCUUCUGUAGGAAUCCACACGCUCGCAGCGGCCCAACCAACCCCCACCGCCCAGCUGGCUGAUCCCAGAUUGCCUGCGUCUCUCUAGCUUCCGUCUCUAUGGUUGGGGAAUCUCCAGGUCGCAGCUCCGCAGGUCCGACUUUUGCGCGUGCGUGAGCCCAGGCUCGUGCCCGCCCGCCCUCAACUGCCCGGCCCCGGGUGGGAGGGGUGGGUCUGGGAACAUUGCUGCGGCUGUCGCCGCGUCCCCAGCGCCCUGAGCUGUUCUGCGGCCAAACCUGCGCCGAGGAGUCCUUCACUGUCUCCUUGGGCGGCGGUCAUCCGCCCCCAGAUGGUUGGUCCGGAAGAUGCUGGAGGCUCCUCGGGAAGAAACGCCAAGUUGCUCCCGGUCCCGGCGCCGGAGCCUGGGGGCCAGGACGGGAAGAUGAUCCGGGCCACGGGCGGCUUUGGCGGAGGCGUCGGCGCUGUGGAGCUGGCGGAGGAAACUGAGGAGGAAGAGGAGGAGGAGACGCCGCCUCGGCAGGUCCUCCAGCAUUACCUCGCGGCGGCUGGGGAACAGCUGGAACUGGGGCUCUGCUACUGUUCGCUGUCCGCUGGUCAGGCCCGCGCACCGCCGCCCUCGUCAGCCCUGCGCUCAGACGCCUGCCUGCUGGGCUCGGGCUCCAAGCACCGCGGCAGAGAGGCAGCAGAUGCCCGCACGCCGCGGCACCGAGGCAUGACAAACGGGGACUCGGGCUUUCUGCCGGGCCGGGACUGUCAGGACCUGGAAGAGGCUCGCGGACUGGCCCGCGAGUCGCGCCGCCGCCGCCCCUGCGGCCGUCUCCGCCUGGAGGGGCCUGGCGACGAGGAUGCGGAUGGAGCGGAAAGCCGGUCUGACUGGGCCGCGCCGCUGGAGGACCCGCUGCGGAGCUGCUGCUUGGUGGCGGCGGACGCCGAGGAGCCCGAGGGCGCGGGCAGCGGUUCGGGGAGCAGUCUGGCCAGCGGCUGCAGCAGUAGCGAAGACUUAGAGCAGCCGGGAGCCGGCGCGGGGGCUUCCGAGGAGAGCGCGGCCCGGGUCACCUCGGCCCAGAGGACUAGGGGGGACGCGGAGCCGCGCCUCGGCUUUUCUGACGUUCACUUGAACUCUCGGAACACGUAUGAGGUGAGCCGCCGCCAGAGCUCCGGCGACCACCUUCCGCUAGUGGGGCCGCAGGUGUCCUCGCCAGCGACGGAGCAGGGCCCGGCGGGGACCUCGGCCCGGGCUCGACGGAGCGGCGGCUUCGCUGACUUCUUCGCCAGAAAUCUUUUUCCAAAAAGGACAAAGGAACUCAAAUCAGUUGUCCAUAGUGCUCCUGGUUGGAAAUUAUUUGGCAAAGUUCCUCCCAGAGAGAAUCUUCAGAAAACUUCCAAAAUCAUUCAACAGGAAUAUGAAGCCCGGACAGGGAGGACCUCUAAACCACCACCUCAGUCUUUAAGACGUAAGAAUUUUGAAUUUGAGCCACUUUCUACUACUGCCCUGAUUCUUGAGGAUCGACCAUCAAAUCUUCCUGCCAAAUCUAUGGAAGAAGCUUUACGUCACCGACAAGAAUAUGAUGAAAUGGUGGCCGAGGCUAAAAAACGAGAAAUUAAAGAAGCACAUAAAAGAAAAAGAAUAAUGAAAGAACGAUUUAAACAAGAAGAAAAUAUUGCAAGUGCAAUGGUAAUUUGGAUCAAUGAAAUUUUACCCAACUGGGAAGUAAUGCAUAGUACAAGAAGAGUUCGAGAAUUGUGGUGGCAGGGAUUGCCCCCUAGUGUUCGUGGGAAAGUUUGGAGUCUAGCUGUAGGAAAUGAACUAAAUAUCACUCCUGAACUUUAUGAAAUCUUCCUUUCAAGAGCAAAAGAACGGUGGAAAAGCUUCAGUGAAACAAGUUCAGAGAAUGAUACAGAAGGUGUAUCUAUUGCUGAUCGAGAGGCCAGUCUGGAGUUAAUUAAGUUGGACAUAUCCCGUACAUUUCCAUCUCUCUACAUCUUUCAGAAGGGUGGUCCAUAUCACGAUGUCUUACAUAGUAUCUUAGGGGCAUAUACAUGUUACAGACCUGAUGUUGGUUAUGUCCAAGGGAUGUCCUUCAUUGCAGCAGUCCUCAUUCUCAAUUUGGAAGAGGCAGAUGCCUUCAUUGCAUUUGCAAAUCUCCUGAAUAAGCCAUGCCAGUUGGCCUUUUUUCGUGUGGAUCAUAGUAUGAUGUUGAAAUAUUUUGCAGCUUUUGAAGUAUUCUUUGAAGAAAAUCUCUCCAAACUAUUUCUUCAUUUCAAGUCUUACAGUCUUACACCAGAUAUAUACUUGAUUGAUUGGAUCUUCACACUAUAUAGCAAAUCACUACCACUUGAUCUGGCCUGUCGAGUCUGGGAUGUAUUUUGCAGAGAUGGGGAAGAAUUUUUAUUUAGGACUGGAUUAGGAAUCCUUCGAUUAUAUGAAGAUAUUCUCCUACAGAUGGACUUCAUUCAUAUAGCACAGUUUCUAACUAAAUUACCAGAAGAUAUCACAUCAGAAAAGCUAUUCAGCUGUAUUGCAGCCAUUCAGAUGCAGAAUAGCACCAAAAAAUGGACUCAGGUCUUUGCAUCAGUAAUGAAGGAUAUUAAAGAAGGAGACAAGAACAGUCCUGCUCUAAAAAGCUAAUCUUCAAAACUGACUGAAAUAUAAAAAAAGUUUUUGAGAAAGAAGUUUUUUGUUUCCUUUGUAAAAGGCAUGGAAGAAAAUGUUGGAGAAAUCUUAGAAGUGAGAACAUACACUCCUAUCUUGUAACCUACAAAUUUGUACCCUCAUAUUAAUUUGAAAUAAAUAAUAAAUAAAUAAAAAUAACAAGAAUUAUUUUAAAAUAAAAAUCAAAAAUAAAAUGUUGGAGAAAUCAAGAGGUGGAAACUGCCAAUUUAAAAUUCCAUGGCUGGGCGGUGCCUGUGGCUCAAAGGAGUAGGGCACCGGCCCCAUAUGCCAGAGGUGGCGGGUUCAAACCCAGCCCCGGCAAAAAACUGCAAAAAAAAAAAAAAUUCCAUGGCUGAAGUAAAUGAAAAUAACUUAUUGACAGUAUUAAUAAAAAAGUAUUUUAUAAGGAGAGCCAUUUUUCAAAGGAAAAAACUUAAAUGGCUUAUUGAUACUCCAUAAUUUGGAGUGAACAGUUUAAUGCAAUAAAUUUUUUAAAUAGUUUUAGAGAUACUUCAGAUUUUUACAUCUUUUCUUUUGUAACAAUUACCACAAGACAUUUUGGAGGUUACAGUAGGAUUGUUAAAUACUUUGACUUCCAAAAUACUUUAUUACAGAUAUUAUAUUAUCUCCAGUUCCGACCUUUUGAAGACAUUGUAAACCAACAAUAAGCAACUGUGGUUGUAAAUUAUUUAAGUCACUGGGAUGCUUGUCUUCAUUCAUAGGUUGGGGCAAAUUUGGGUUGUCUGAGAACUAGAAAUAUUGGUGGAAGAUUGUGUGUUUGUUUAGGUAUUUUUCCACAAUACUAUGUCUAUUUGUUUUUGAAGGGAAUUUUUUCUCUUCCUUAAGGAAUUCCUAUCAUUCAAAAGAGUUUUAGCUUUUCUGGUUCUAUUCUAACAAAUUGUUCAUCUAGUAAUUUAACAUUAAGAGCACUAAAUCACUUGUAAAAGGAAAGUUCUUUGCACUUUAGUGGAAUGAAGACUUGAUUUUGGGAGUACAUCCAAAAAUAUAAAUGAGGUUCUUUCACUGGUAAGAGCGAAAGAACUCCUGAGAGUUCUUAAAUAGCAUGCCAUUUGGGGAAGCUUUAAAUUUUUUAGUUAAAAUUCCUCCAUCUCUAGAAACAAUAUUUGUUGACUCCAGUUUGAAAUUUGAAAUCUUAAUAUAUAGCUAAGUCUGUGACUUGUAAAACACUAUGCAUAAUUUUUUCUAAUCAAUGGAAAUAAGAGUAAAAGAAAAAGGUAAAGUUAACUUUUUUUCUGAAUCUAACUGAUAGCAUUGUGGAUAAAGAAAUUAUUAAUCACAGGGAAAUUGGCAUUAAAGUUAUUAUAAUAUGUUUACUUUUUGAACUUAAAUCACUUGAGUAUUAUGAGAGAUACCUGUAUAACAUGCCAUUUUGUUAAUAAUAGAUUUAAAGUGUGUUUUAAUGUUGCAGUUUGAUUUGAAACAACAUUUAAGAACACUAUUUCUGCUAAUGAUAUACCGUCUUCAAACUAAUAAGGCCAAGAUCCUUGUUAGUGUAGUGACUUGUUAGGAGUGUGGGACCAGAGGUUCCCAUAUAUUUUUACCACAUGGAUCAUUCUAGCCUAAGGACUACUAGUGGAACCCUCAAAAGGUUAACUCCUACUUAGGGGUUUGGUUAGUGGAAACUAGUGGUAUAAUAAAAUAUUGAGAGAGUGUCCACUGUCUUAAGAAGUUUUAGAAUGACCUUUUAACUCUGGUAACUCCUUCUUUGGUGUUGGUGUUCCUGAUAGAGGGAAUGUAACCUCUGGUGGUAAUUUCAUUGAGGUUAUUACUACCUGCCUAAAUUUAACCUUUUAUGUAUUUGUUUCCUGAGUUAGUGUAUUUUUUUCUCAUUUUUUUAUUGUACAGUUUCUUUACUUUUCAAGUAUAAAUGUAUAUAUAAAAUGUAAAUAUAGGAAAUUCACUAAAAACCACUUGUAAUGAUUACUAUGUAAAUAAAAUGUAA